GUCAUGUCUGGCCGCGGUAAGCAAGGAGGCAAGGCCCGCGCCAAGGCCAAGUCGCGGUCGUCGCGCGCCGGCCUGCAGUUCCCGGUGGGGCGUGUGCACCGGCUGCUGCGCAAGGGCAACUACGCGGAGCGCGUGGGCGCCGGCGCGCCGGUGUACAUGGCGGCCGUGCUGGAGUACCUGACGGCCGAGAUCCUGGAGCUGGCGGGCAACGCGGCCCGCGACAACAAGAAGACGCGCAUCAUCCCGCGCCACCUGCAGCUGGCCAUCCGCAACGACGAGGAGCUCAACAAGCUGUUGGGCAAAGUGACCAUCGCGCAGGGCGGUGUCCUGCCCAACAUCCAGGCCGUGCUGCUGCCCAAGAAGACCGAGAGCCACCACAAGGCGAAGGGCAAAUAAGUGAGGUCGCUGCUCGCAGCGGCCCGCGUCUCGGGAGGACGCCCGCGAACUCAAAAGGCUCUUUUCAGAGCCACCCACCGGUUCAGAUUAAAGGGUUGUGGCACGGUA